CACAGACGAGGCUGAAUCCGGCUGCCCCAGUAGAGCUGCGCCGACCACCGCGAAGGAAGAGGAGAGAAGUCUCCGCUGCAUUCGUACUGGGCACGGUUUGGUAUACUGAGGCCCCUUUCACCCUAUGUGAAGCAAGUUCGCGAACCUGGCAUCUGAAGUACAGACCCUGGGGAUCCCGGAGAUCCCAGGCAUUGCAGGAGACCUCUGCGGGCAAGGGUGCCUGCAAGCCAAGGAAUGUCUAGGAACAGACAGAAGAUCUUUGAGGCUACCCAAGCCUCUGCAUGGGCAAAAGUCUGAGGCUAAGGCUCACUUCUUCUAAGCGGCAGGCGCAAGGCAAGCCUCCCAGAAGCGCGCCUCUCCCGGCCCUCUCCGAGUGCCCUGCUGUGCGCUCGUGCUGUGCUGUGGGCUCUACACGAGACUGUCAAUUCUCAGCUCUGUCCUCAUCUUGCCAAAGGCGCGCUCCAGCCACCCCGUUCUUGAUGGAGAAACCGAGACAAAGAAAAAUGAUAAAAGAAUUGGUCACUUGGACUGGGUAUCCUGGCUCCCCAGUCUGAGUCACUGCAUCCUCGACGGCCCCGGAGCAGCGGCGGCGCUGGGGAAGCGGCGAAGAGGAGUGGCCCGGCCCUGGAAUAAUGCGGCUUUGCCGAGGGGGCAGAACCCGACGCAGUCUCUCCACCGUGUGAGCAGCCCGAGCCGAGGCGACCCAACCGCGCGGGACGCUGACGCCGCACCAGAGCCGCUGGAGGCCCUGAUCGAUCUGCCCACCGGGGCCUCCGGGCCCGGGCUUCGACAUGCCGGAGGAGCCCCGGCCGCGGCCUCUGCCCUCGGGCCUAGCGGGUCUCCUGUUCCUGGCGCUGUAUAGUCGAGUCCUGAGCAAUGAGAUUCUGGGCCUGAAGCUGCCGGGCGAGCCGCCGCUGACCGCCAACACCGUGUGCUUGACGCUAUCCGGCCUGAGCAAGCGGCAGCUAGGCCUGUGCCUGCGUAGCCCCGACGUGACAGCGUCCGCGCUGCAAGGCCUGCACAUCGCGGUUCACGAGUGUCAGCACCAGCUGCGCGACCAGCGCUGGAACUGUUCGGCGCUCGAGGGCGGCGGCCGCCUGCCGCACCACAGCGCCAUCCUCAAGCGCGGUUUCCGCGAGAGUGCUUUUUCCUUCUCCAUGCUGGCUGCUGGGGUCAUGCACGCGGUAGCCACGGCCUGCAGUCUGGGAAAGCUGGUGAGCUGCGGCUGUGGCUGGAAGGGCAGUGGUGAGCAGGAUCGGCUGAGGGCCAAACUGCUGCAGCUGCAGGCACUGUCCCGGGGCAAGAGCUUCCCCCAUUCCCCGCCCAGCCCUGGCCCCCAGGACACAUGGGAGUGGGGUGGCUGUGACCAUGACAUGGACUUUGGAGAGAAGUUCUCUCGAGAUUUCCUGGAUUCCAGGGAGGCUCCCCGAGACAUCCAAGCACGAAUGCGAAUCCACAACAACAGGGUGGGGCGCCAGGUGGUAAUUGAAAACCUGAAGCGGAAAUGUAAAUGCCAUGGCACUUCAGGCAGCUGCCAGUUCAAGACAUGCUGGAGGGCGGCCCCGGAGUUCCGGGCAGUGGGGGCAGCGUUGAGGGAGCGGCUGGGCAGGGCCAUCUUCAUCAAUACCCACAACCGCAACUCAGGAGCCUUCCAACCCCGCCUGCGCCCCCGGCGUCUCUCGGGAGAGCUGGUCUACUUUGAGAAGUCUCCUGACUUCUGUGAGCGAGACCCCACCGUGAGCUCCCCAGGCACACGGGGCCGGGCCUGCAACAAGACCAGCCGCCUGCUGGAUGGCUGUGGCAGCCUGUGCUGUGGUCGUGGGCACAACGUGCUCCGGCAGACACGAAUUGAGCGCUGCCACUGCCGCUUCCACUGGUGCUGCUACGUGUUGUGUGAUGAGUGCAAGGUCACAGAGUGGGUCAAUGUGUGUAAGUGAGGGUCAGCCUCACCAUGGGCCUGGGGAAGGGAGUGUGUAUAUGGGGGGGCGGGGCACCUUUACAGCCCUCUGUUCUGAUUUCUGUCCCGGGUUGAUCUUGGUCCUUGAAAGCUUGAAGCAUCUCCCUGGAAAACAGAUUUGAGGUGGGAGGGACCAGGUGGAGUCCAUGUGAUGUGCAGCCUCCUCCCUACUGCUAAAGGGCCUUGUGGGGGAAUGUCACCCCAAUUCUGCUCUUCAAACACCCAAGUGGACUAAGAUGAAAUGCACUGUAUUGCCCCCUGACUCUGGGGCCCCUUAAAUCCUGAUUCAUACUCCUUUGGCAGUGGAGUCCCUACAUUUUGACCACUCUUCUCUCUUGAGAGAUAGCCACAGGCACUGUGUGGAGCCAUAAGACCUGUAUCCAGAAAGUGACCACCACUCCUCUUUGCUGUUCCCAAACUCCUUUAAUGCAACCUGGGUUCUCUCUUGUGGGGUAAUGGGAGACAGCAGUUGAGAUAUUUUUCUUGGGGAAGGGACAGUGUUGAGGGGUGGCUCUCCCCUGAGUCCUCAGAGAGUUCUGUUCAGGCCCUUACCUAAGAUUCUCUGAGUCUUUUUCCUUUUUCAGCGGGAGGGAUGGGAAUGGAUAAUUUAUUGUACUGAGAUUUGUUCUUGGUUCCUGUUUGUAACGAAAAUAAAUUAAGUUACUGGA